AUGGAUCAAAUCAUGAAGCUCUCAAUCUUUGCCAGUCUACUGCUCAGCAUACCAGCGUUAUCGGCUCCCGCCGUGACUACUGUCACGACCAUCCAAACAGUCACAGCCUCUGCUCGGGCAGCCACUUCGCAGACUAGCCACGAAUCUGGAGGCGACGAACAUAUCGUUAUUGUCAACAAGGACGCUCCAAUCACACCUCAAGUCGCUGAGGUACUGCAACGCUUGGAGCUCCACGAGAACCACCCCGACGUACGCCAUGUCUUCAACAACAGCGCAUUCCAAGGCUUUGCCGCCUCAAUGAAGUCCCACUGCCUUGACCUCCUAGCCAACAUGUCCGACGUCUCCACCGUCGAAAAAGCCGUAACAAUCAGCCGCGGCAGCAUCACCUCCCCCGACUCACGCCCCAACGCCCCCUGGGGCCUCCAACGAAUCUCCACCGCCUCAAGCGUCCACGGCAACGCCCAAGCAAUGGACUACACCUACUCCUACUCCGACACGGCCCUAGGCGACGGCGCUGACAUCUACAUCCUCGACACAGGCAUCUACACCGACCAUAACGUCUUCAGCGGCCGCGCCUCCAUGCUCUGGUCCUUCGACAACAACAUGCAAGACCUCGACGGCCACGGCACUCACGUCUCCGGCACAGCAGCCGGCGACAUCCUCGGCGUAGCCUCCAACGCGAAACUGUACGGCAUCAAAACUCUCGACGCCGACGGCGGCGGCUGGUCCAGCAACGUCGUCGCCGGAAUCGACUACGUAAUCCAACGCCACGACGCUCGCAAACGCUCAGGCGACAACUUCGCCGGCUCAGUAAUCUCCAUGUCCCUCGCCUCCAGCGGCCCCGUCACCUCCAUAAACCAAGCCGUCGAAGCCGCCAUCUCCGCCGGAAUCCACACCUGCGUAGCAGCCGGCAACGCUGGCACCGACGCCUGCAGCUCCUCGCCCGCCUCCUCCGGCGGCACGCACGGCGGUGCCAUCACCGUCGGCGCCGUGGACAUCAACGCUUCUCCGGCUUCCUUCUCCAACUACGGCGAAUGCGUAGACCUCUACGCGCCCGGUGUCGACGUGGUAAGUUCAUGGAUCGGCGGGAAGAAUAUGGUGAAUUCACUGAGUGGGACGAGUAUGGCGACGCCGCAUGUUACGGGGAUUAUUGCGUAUGCUAUGGCGAAUAGGACGUUGGCGGGGAGUCCGGGGCUUAUGAAGGAGUGGGUGAGGAUGGUUGCGUUGCCGCAGGGGGAUGGGGUGUUGUUGGCGAAUAAUGGGAUUUCGGCGCCGGGGGGGUUGGGGCUUGUGAGGAGGAGGGAAGGUGGUGGGGUGAGGGUUGAGUUUGAGAUGUCGAAGACGAAGGUUUCGGUUGCUGGUGUCAGGCAUGAGGAGAGAUCGGGUUCUGGGCGUGAGUCGUCGACGAGGUGCACAAGGAGCGGUGGGUCAUGGCUUUGCAAUGCAAAAAGGAGUCUGGCACAUCUUGCAGGAUUGCUCAACGAGUAA